AGGUGAGGACUCUGCAUAAAAUCAUGGCCCUUUUUUCUGCUAACAGCAUAGCUGCUGUGAACAACUCUGACACUCGCAUAGCAGGCUGCUUCCUCACUGGCAUCCCUGGGCUGGAGCACCUACACAUCUGGCUAUCUAUCCCCUUCUGCAUCAUGUACAUUGCCGCCCUGGCAGGCAAUGGCAUCCUAAUUUGUGUCAUCCUCUCCCAGGCAAUCCUGCAUGAGCCCAUGUACAUAUUCUUAUCCAUGGUGGCCAAUGCUGAUGUCUUGCUCUCUACCACCACCAUGCCUAAGGCCCUGGCCAAUUUGUGGCUAGGUUAUAGCCACAUUUCCUUUGAUGGCUGCCUCACUCAGAUGUUCUUCAUUCACUUCCUCUUUGUGGCUGACUCUGCUGUCCUAGUGGCCAUGGCCUUUGACCGCUAUGCGGCCAUCUGCUCCCCCCUGCGAUAUGUCACGAUCCUCACAAGCAAGGUCAUUGGGAAGAUUGCCACUGCUGCCCUGAACUGCAGCUUCAACAUUAUGUUUCCAUCCAUCUUUCUCCUCAAGCGCCUGCACUAUUGCCGGAUCAACAUCAUUGCACACACAUUUUGUGAGCACAUGGGCUUUGCCCACCUGUCCUGUUCUGGUAUUUCCAUCAAUGUCUGGUAUGGGUUGGCAGCUGCUCUUCUCUCCACAGGCCUGGACAUCAUCCUUAUUACUGUUUCCUACAUCCACAUCCUCCAAGCAGUCUUCCACCUCCCUUCUCAGAUGCCCGCUGCAAGGCCCUGAAUACCUGUGGAUCCCAUGUCUGUGUCAUCCUACUCUUCUAUGUCCCUGCCCUUUUUUCUGUCUUUGCCUAUAGGUUUGGUGGGAGAAGCAUCCCACGCUAUAUCCAUAUUCUCCUGGGCAACCUCUACGUUGUCAUUCCUCCUAUGCUCAAUCCCAUUAUUUAUGGAGUGAGGACCAAGCAAAUACUGGAAGGGGCUAAGCAGAUGUUUUCAAAUCUUGCCAAAGGAUCU